GAGUACUCUCACGCACAGACCAUCAUCAGGUUGAUUAAGGUUUUCAGGGAUUAAUCAUCUUUUCCGCAUCUUACAAUUGCAACCACCACGACUGCGGCUCUUGCUUUCGUCAACGACUCCAUCGAUCAUUCGUUGGAUAGACAGAAGCGUCCGGCAAAAUGCAGAUCUUUGUAAAGACCCUCACGGGCAAAACUAUCACUCUUGAAGUCGAGUCUUCAGAUACCAUCGACAAUGUCAAAGCCAAGAUCCAGGACAAGGAGGGUAUUCCCCCCGACCAGCAGCGUCUGAUCUUCGCUGGAAAGCAGCUCGAGGAUGGCCGUACUCUUAGCGACUACAACAUCCAAAAGGAGUCCACUCUUCACUUGGUUCUUCGCCUCCGUGGUGGUGCCAAGAAGCGCAAGAAGAAAACAUACAACACCCCGAAAAAAAUCAAGCACAAGCGCAAGAAGGUUAAGAUGUCGAUCUUGAAAUACUACAAGGUGGACUCGGACGGGAAGAUCAAGCGUCUUCGCCGUGAGUGCCCCAACGCUGAGUGCGGUGCUGGUGUCUUUAUGGCUUUCCACAAAGACCGUCAAUACUGUGGCAAGUGCCAUAUGACCUACACCUUCCAACCUGGUGCAAAGCCUCCUGCUGUGUAGAGUAGCCAACAAUUGUGUCAUGUAAACUGGUCGUGUAAUGAGCAUGUUAUGAAUCGUUCUACGGAUUGAUGCUUUUACUACAUAAACGAGUUGAUUGACCGACUUUGUGAGGUUGUGGUUGAG